UUCCACAGGGAUGCAAAACGGGCAGGCAGGUGAGUCUGCUGCGCAGUGAGCAAGGUGACCACACAGCUUCGUCCUCUCGGCUCUUGUUGGUGUGGAUUUCCCUGGGGUUUUUUGUGUACAGGCCGUGUGUGUAGCGAGGAUGGCGAACUCGGCGCUGGAGAUCGUGGCCCUGUGCGUGAGCUUGCUCGGCCUGAUUGGUGCGGCGGCCAGCACGGGGAUGCCCAUGUGGAGGGUGACCGCCUUCAUCGGGGAGAACAUCAUCGUGAUGGAGACGCGCUGGGAGGGCCUGUGGAUGAACUGCUUCAGGCAGGCCAACAUCAGGAUGCAGUGCAAGGUGUAUGACUCCCUGCUGGCGUUGUCGCCUGACCUGCAGGCAGCCCGCGGGCUCAUGUGCUGCUCGCUGGCCCUGGCCGGCCUGGGCCUGCUCAUCGCCAUCGCCGGGAUGAAGUGCACUGCAUGCAUCCAGGGUAACGACCGCGCCAAGCGCGUCGUCCUCAUCAUUGCCGGCAGCAUGAUCCUCAUGUCCUGCUUCUGUGUCAUCAUCCCCGUCUCCUGGACGGGCCACGUCAUAAUCCGGGACUUCUACAACCCACUCCUGCUGGAUGCCCAGCGCAGGGAGCUCGGCGAUGCCCUGUACAUCGGCUGGGUGUCCUCCGCCCUGCUCUUCGUUGGUGGGUGCAUGUUCGCCUGCUGCAACAUUCCCAGGGACAAGGGCUCCGAAAGGCUCAUGUACUCCAGAAACAGCCAGUACACGCCUUACCAGCCGCAGGUGGCGUACACCCCGCAAACGGUGUACACCCCUCAGCGUUACCCGUCCACCCAUGGCUACCCCUCCAGACAACCCUCCAUGCGCAGUGCUGUCGCUUACCUCUGAACACCAAGCUCCCAGGUCCGUUUCUGGAGUCCUGCGUGAUCCCAUGGAAAAGAAAGGAGCUCUCUGGCUUUGAUACACGCAUGUGAGAGGAACUCUAAGUGGACUCACGAUAUUCUCUCUGAAUUGGAAAUGGCCUUAUUUACAUUUCAAUACUGCACUUCAAACUGGAGACAGAGACAAACAUCAACAGAGCAAUUUAAAUGGAAGCCUCCGCUGUUUCAAGCAAAUGAACUGACAAGCCAAUUCACACCAUUAACCGUGAGGACCAUGUAAGCGUCAAUUACUGUAAAUAUAGCGUUAGUAAGCCAUAUGGCUGUAACUAAAAAUUUAUUGUAAAUGAUAAAUUCAAUGUCCUUUUGUAUUCUUUCAGACAAUUCAGAAUUUGAGCAAAAGUUCAUAAUGUU